UUGGGUGUGUAUUCUAUAAAUACAUGUAUUAAUAUCCAUCCUGAACAUAUUAUUGGUCUAAGCAGCAUGUUGCUAAUUCUAUGCGUUGCAUUGCUACCUUUUGCUUCUGCAUCCAUCAACACAACUUGUCUUCCUUUAGAAGAAGUGAAUGCACUGAGGGAGAUCGGAAGAAAGCUUGGUAAAGAUUGGGAUUUUGAACAAGAUCCAUGUCAUGGUUGGGAGAUUUACAACGUUGGAACACGUGAGAAUAAUGUCACUUGCAACCUAGAACCAAAUAGCACGACAUGUCACGUCGUUAGCAUAAGUCUUAAAGGACAAAGCCUACCAGGCAAUCUCCCACUGGAAUUCUCCAAUCUUCCUUACCUCCAGAAUUUAGACUUAACUCGCAACUGUCUCAGUGGCACAAUUCCUCCAGAAUGGGGAUCUAUGCAGCGAAUUGUAAACAUUUCUCUUCUAGUGAAUCGUUUGAACGGAUCACUCCCGAAGGAGCUCGGAAACAUCAACACAUUAAAAUCUUUAUCCGUAGAGGACAACAUGAUGUCUGGAGCAAUUCCUGAUGAACUUGGGAAUCUUACAAGCAUUGAGAGACUAAUACUGAGCUCCAACUAUUUCACUGGGGAAUUGCCUGUAUCAUUUGCAAAUCUGAUCAAUAUGAAGGAGUUUCAUAUUAGCGGUAACAACUUCUCUGGGAAGAUCCCGGAUUUCAUUGGAGAAUGGCCAAGUCUCAUGAGCUUAAGGAUUGUGGCCAAUGGGUUUGAAGGGCCAAUACCUCCUAGCAUUACUCUCUUGGAAAACCUGAUAGACUUGCGAAUCAGUGACUUGAAAGGACCAGACAACCCUUUUCCACCCUUUAGUAAUACAACACAUUUGAAGAACCUGAUCUUGAGGAGCUGCAAUUUAAUCGGCCAGUUACCAGUCUUGCCACAAUCUCUUGCCUCAAGUCUGAAAGUCUUAGACUUCAGCUUUAACAAGCUUAACGGAUCCAUCCCUACAAAUUUCUCUGAACUAUAUGACACAGAUUUUAUCUAUCUUACUGGAAACUUGCUAUCUGGAAGUGUGCCUGAUUGGAUGACAAGUACUGGAAAAAAAAUUGAUUUGUCAUACAACAAUUUUACAUAUGAUAACUCUUCUCACUGUCAAGUGCGGGAAACAAACUUGUUUGCUUCGUCUUCAGAUGCUACCAUACCUAACAAGGUCUCAUGCUUGCGUAGCAGUGGUUGUCAAACAAAUUGGUCUUCAUUGUAUAUCAAUUGUGGUGGGGAUGAACUAAGCGUCGGGAGUGAUUCUUAUGAAAGUGACUUGGAACAAGGUGGUCCUUCGUCUUUCACUUCAACUGAAAAUCGAUGGGGAUUUAGCAACACCGGUCACUUUAUGGAUAACAACAUCAAUACCGACAAUUAUACUGUUAAAAAUACUUCUAGACUCCUGAUGAACAACCCUGAGUUGUACAUGAGCGCACGAAUCUCGGCUUUAUCUUUGACGUAUUAUGGUUUUUGUUUGCAUAGUGGAAGCUACAAUGUAAGCCUUCACUUUGCCGAGAUUGUUUUUACCGAUGAUGGGACAUAUAGCAGCCUUGGGAGGCGUGUAUUUGAUAUCUACAUUCAGGGUGAACGAGUGGAGAAGGAUUUUGACAUAAGUGACGAAGCAGGUGGGGUUGGGAAAGAAAUUGUAAAAAGUUAUACGGUAAAUGUUAACGCUACUCUGUUUAUCCGACUCAAUUGGGCUGGGAAAGGAACAACCGCUAUACCAUCACGAGGAGUAUAUGGUCCUCUUAUUUCAGCUAUUUCUGUGAAUCCAAAUUUUUGGGUUCCAACAAAAGAUAGACCUCUGCACGGAAAUGGAAACAGUGUGUCUGCAGGGACUCUGUCUGGAAUUGUGGUUGGAACACUUUGCCUUUUCAUCUUAAUUUUUGGAGCUUUAUGGUGGCGGGGUUAUUUAACAUGCAGAAAUACUACAGAACUAGAGCUGAAUGGGCUUACUGGUUCCUUUACACUGAGGCAAAUUAAAGCUGCAACAAACAAUUUUGAUGUUGCUAAUAAGAUUGGAGAAGGUGGUUUUGGCUCUGUUUACAAGGGAGUAUUGCCAGAUGGCACCUUAAUAGCAGUAAAGCAGCUUUCCUCCGCAUCAAAGCAAGGAAAUAGGGAGUUCUUGAACGAAUUAGGCGUGAUUUCUGCUUUGCAACACCCGCAUCUUGUGAAGCUGUAUGGAUGUUGUAUUGAAGGCAGUCAAUUGUUGCUUGCAUAUGAAUACAUGGAAAAUAACAGUCUCGCCCGUGCUUUAUUUGGGCCUAAAGAAUGGAAGUUGGAACUUGAUUGGCCAACACGAUAUAGGAUAUGCAUCGGUAUAGCGAAAGGUCUUGCUUUUCUCCAUGAAGAAUCAAGAUUAAAGAUUGUGCAUAGAGACAUUAAAGCAACUAAUGUGCUGCUUGAUAAGAAUUUGAAUGCCAAAAUUUCUGAUUUCGGUUUGGCUAAGCUUGAUGAAGAGGAUAACACCCAUAUAAGCACCCGUGUUGCUGGCACUUAUGGAUAUAUUGCUCCCGAAUAUGCAAUGUGCGGUUACCUCACAGAGAAAGCAGACGUCUAUAGCUAUGGAAUUGUUCUCUUAGAGAUCGUGAGCGGGACUCGUAACAUUGCUGACAUGGCAAAGGAAGAUGAUUUUGUUCUUCUUGAUUGGGCCAUAUAUUUGAAAACCAACGGUAAUUUGAUUGAGUUAGUUGACCCGAAGCUGAAUUCCAAAUACGACAUCCAAGAGAUGAUGGUUGUUAUAAAUGUAGCUAUACUGUGCACAGCAAUCUCUCCAACCAAUAGGCCAACAAUGUCAUCAGUGGUUAGCAUGCUCGAAGGGAGAGUAGUUCCUCAAGAAUUUGCUUUUGAACAAAGUGUCUCAGUGACUGAAUUAGACCGUCACAAAAUGAUGGAGCAACUUGAGGAUAUGAACUAGAGCCAGAUCACAAAAACGUCUAUCCCGUGCACCAAUUACUCAAAAUCUGUUGUUGAUUUGUACCCAGUUGACGCUUUUAGUGACCAUCUGCAAAACAGAUCCAAUGAUACAAAUAUAUUAUUAUCUAAAUGGUUUUAGUGUAAAUGUUUACGUCUAUAGAAGGAUCGAUAGAGUACAGUAGAUCAUAAAUUUUUUUUUACGUGUCUUAGAUCGCAAUUAUUUAAACUUUGGUUUUUCUUAUGGUAACACUAAUUUUAGUUUUCUGGUGACUA